CUACAGGUGAACUAUGGUCAAUGUAAAUAUAAAGCUCCAGCUCGCGAGCAGGUCCAUCACUCUGCCCGUGUCUCUACCGGCGUCUCCGCCGCAUCCUCGCGGGCACCUGCAGCAUCAGCAUCAGGACCACCAGCAGCAUCAUCAUCACCAUAAGCAGCAUCAGCACCACCCGCGGCCAGACAUGAUCUCUCUGGAUCUGGGCUGGGACGUUCUCGGAGUUUACGUGGAGAACCAGGUUGCGGUGGGGCUGCAGGGCUCGAGCGUGGGUCUCGCGCUGGCUCUGGGCUUCGGGGCCGCCUACGCGUGCUACUACAUCACCUCUAUAGCCAAGAAGCCGAAGCUGAUCGCCGGGGGGAAGAAGUUUUACGAGUUCCUGAGGGACCACUGUCCCGUGGUGACGGAGACGUAUUACCCUCCGUUCUGGUGCUGGGAGAGCCGAGCACAGACACUCCUCCGUCCCUUCGUCACCGCCAAACCCUGGGUCUCCUACAGGAAUGAGCUCAUCAGAGCACCAGAUGGAGGGCAGAUUUCUCUGGACUGGGUCGAUAAUGACUCCAGUCCCACCCACCCUGACCCGUCCAGCCGUCCCACCGUCCUGCUGCUGCCCGGCCUCACCGGAACCAGCCGAGAGUCUUACAUCCUGCAUAUGGUCCAACAGAGCCGCGAGCUCGGCUACAGAUGUGUGGUGUUCAAUAACAGGGGCGUGUCCGGGGAGAAGCUGCUGACUCCGAGGACGUACUGUGCGGCGAACACUGAGGAUUUGGAGAUGGUGAUCGAUCAUGUGCAGAAAACCAUCCCAGCCGCCCCCAUCAUGGCUGCAGGGGUUUCUAUGGGAGGGAUGAUGUUGGCGAACUAUCUGGGUCGUAAGGGUCGGCGGACGUGUCUGAAGGGGGUGGUGGUGUUCUCGGCCGGCUGGGACGUGUUCGAGUGCACGGCGUCUCUGGAGAAACCCCUCGACCGAUUAAUCUUCAACUCCUACCUCACCAGCUGCCUGCAGGCCUCCGUCCACCGACACCGGCCUGUUCUGGAAAAAAACUACGACAUAGAUCACGUGAUGAAGGCCAAAACCAUCCGCGAGUUUGACGAGAGAUUCACCUCCAUCAUGUUCGGCUACCCCACCAACGACGACUACUACCGCGACGCCAGCCCCAUCCACAAGCUCAAAUCCGUACAGGUGCCAAUGCUGUGCCUCAACGCGGCCGACGACGUCUUCUCACCCAAUCACGCCAUCCCCAUCGAGGUGGUGAAGCAGAACCCCAACCUGGCGCUCCUCAUCACCUGCCACGGCGGCCAUAUUGGAUUCCUGGAGGGCCUGUGGCCGCGGCAGAGCACCUACAUGGACCGAGUGUUCCGGCAGUUCGCCAAGGCCGUGAUCGAGCAGGGCGGCCGGCUGAGCGACCUGCAGUGACCCGACGCCCUCUACAGCGCCCCCUACAGCCAUGAGCAAAAAAUACACCUCCUCAGACCACGCCCCCUGAACAGCACACGCGGAUCUCAUUCGUCCGUGUGAUCCAGCCAUCAUCCAGCCCUCCGUCAGGUUCAUCCGUCCAUCAGACUGACUGCUUCAGAUCCAUCCGUCCAACUCUACACACUCCACACACUCUACACACUCGUCCAUUCCUUAAGACUUUAAGACUUUCUGCUCGUGUUGAUUGGUUGGUUGGUUGGUUUACAGAUUGUGUGUGUGUGUGUGAAUGCGUAAAUCCAUUCUGUGUUUUCAUUAUACUUUAUAUUAAGUUUGCUAUUCCAUAUUCAGUGUUUUGACCAACAGAUUACAUAGAAUUUAAGAGAAGCUUAAGAAAAAAAAACCUCAAAAAUUUCACAAAUUUGUUGCCGUAAUGGACUGAGAUCAUCUAGAUCAUUAGGAUCAUUGAGAUCGGGAGGCUCUGAUUGGUCCAGCAGUCUAAGGAGCUGCCACUUUGAUUGGGAAAUCACUUUGGUUGGUUCGAAUCCAGUUCAUGCAGCUUGCCAUCAGCUGCCGGAGCCCUGAGAGAGGGUACAAUUGUAGAGUCUUGCUCUCUGAGUGGGUACAGUAGAUGGUUCUCUCUCUUUCCACUCAUCACUCCUAGGGUGAUGUGGAUCAGCACAAGGCUGCGUCUGUGGGCUGAUGUAUCAGAACCGGCAACAAGAGUUCAAAAAGAGGCGGAGUCUGACUUUACAUGUAGGAGGCGUGUGCUAGUCUUCUGAACCCUCCUGGUGUUGGAGCAUCACUAGUGAUAGGGGGAGGAGUCCUAGUGAGUGGAUUGGGUAAUCGAAAGAAAAACAAAAAUUGAGAUCAACCCUUUAUAAUAAGAGUCCCAAAUAACAGUACUUUCGACAAUAUUAUAAAUAUUGUUAAAUGAUAAAAAAUAUAUAUGUCUCAAUUAAUAAUUAACUAACACUAGUUAGAAUUAAUCAUUAUUAAACAUUACUUAAUUGUAAAUUGUAAAUAAUAAAGAAAUAAAAAAAAAAAAUAUAUAUAUUUUUAACUAGUGUCAAUUGAUAAUUAGUUGAGACAGUUUUUCUUAUAAGUACAGUUAAUUAAUGUACUCUUAUGAUAAAGUAUUAAAAGAUCGUUAAAUGUGAGCAAAGAAUCCACAGCUGCCCCAAAAUAUUGUCACGAAUCAAAGUAAAAAUCGUAAAAUUAUACGAAGAUGUUGAGAAAACAAGGAAAUUAGAGUAGUUAUUGUAGUACUAAAGACUGGCCUGCAGGCAGUGGUGGCGCUGUGAUUGGGCCCACUAUCCAGUAACAAAACCCAUUCAUUUUACCCCUAAAAACCCCUUAAAACUUUUAGUAACCUGUUACUUUUAUUUUAACCCCUUUAACAUGUGCGCACAGUGAAGCACUAUUAGGUAAUUACCAUUAAAUAUUAAUAAUAAUGACUACUUUUUGAAUUAUACUAUACAAAAUGUACAUGUAUUUAUUUAUUUAUGUAUUUUAUUUAUUACUCAUUAAAAUAAAUCUGCCAGUUUAACCCUUUGCAUACAGCUCUAUAAAAUAUUCACAAUUUAUAGGCACUGAAUUAAGUACUAUGAGAAAACUGGUAUAUUUGUUGCUUUAGUAAUCUACUUUUACUCCACUGCAGUAAAUACAAACCAGACUUUGGGUUCCCACUGAUGGACAGCUGCACACAUGCAUUUCUGGACAAGCUGAGAGAUUUUUAUUUAAUUUUUUUUUUUUUUUUUAAUAAAAUUCAGUAGUGUGAUCACUAUUUGCACACAGCUCUGUUAAAAAAAAGCAACACUAUAAAUUAUUAAUUUCUCUUGUUUUACAAUUUAUAUGCAUCAUAUGAUCAUGUAAAAUGAACAGCAUUUCUUUUGAAUUCUACAUAAAAAUAGAGCUGUUUAUAUAGUUUAUUUGCUCUGAAUAACAAAAAGUUCAAAUAAUGUAAAUAAUUUAAAGUAAUAUUUAUAAUGAAAGAGCACAAUAGUAAAGUUUUAAUUAUAAAAAGUGAAUUAAGCAGAAUUUUAAGUUGGGUGAUUUUUUUGCUUCUAUUUCUAGUGCAGGAAUUAAAGUAGUUCAGCUUUGUUUCAUAUAAAAACUGGAAUGUAAUUAUUUAAAAAUUAUGUAAU